AUGACGGCAAGGUCAACAGCAUCCGACGCAGGCGAGGAGGCAUCGCUUAUACGUCAGCUGGAGCUGCUGCUUUUGCCGCUGCACCACCGCUUCCGCUAUCCGCUUACGGUGCCAGCUCACCUCAUGGCGGGUGAGGGGGGCGUCGCCGCUAUCGGUGCUAAUUUGACCCGCGCGCCUCUGUCGCCUGCACUCGCUAGCGCUGCCCCGGCAGGUUCAUCAGGUGCCGAUCCGGCAGGCACCAUGACGUCACACUUUUCUGGCGACCUCGCAGAGCUCAGCGAGCAGCAGCAGCAGGAGUGCCUUCAUCGUUCUGCUCUGCGAGUGGUGGAGGAGCAUGUGCCCGACUUGCUAACUUGGCAGUCGAGGGUUCAGCGUGGUGCCACGCAGGCUGGAAAUUGCUACCAGGUACUGGAGCGCGUACGGAGCAGUGUGUCUGCGAUGCAGCGCGUGACAGAGGCGGUGCAGGAGCAGAGCGACCAUCUUAGCCACAACGCCUCUGCCAUGAUGGUGCGAAAGGCCAAGCUGGAGCUUGUCCGCGAUGCCUUGGAGCAGAACUUGGCGCACUUCACGCGCAUCGACGACCUGUGCCGAGAGGCAGGAAACCCAUUUCUGAAGGCGGGCUCAGCGCGCUUCUCAGCACUGCUGCAGGACAUCGCCAAGGAGAUGGAGUUCCUCUCCACCAACGCACAGUACAAGUCUGCCAAGCCGUACGCUCUGAAGCUUGCCGCGGCGCAGCAGACGGUCAGCGCGAUGUUGAAGGACGCGGUGCAGACGUCAUUUCGCACCAUGGAACUCGAAACACUAGCCUCGCCCGCAUUUCAGGCCGCCACGCAGGUCUUGCAGGAGGGCGGCGCGAACCCUAGUGACAGCCCCAUCACCGAGGCCUUCACGUCGUCGUCGUCGUCGCCACUCUUGAUGCCCGCGCCAGCAACACCCCCCUCGAGCGGAGGCACAGCGCCGACGCUGCAGCUGCGCACGCAUGAUGUGGCCGGCUCUUUUGAAGUGUUCCUCGCCGCUGUGAACGACGCAUUCGUGAAGUCUGGCGACGGAUUCAUGUCGCUCCGGCGCAUGACCGAGCUGCGGCAGGGCGGUUUCAGCUACACCGGGGCGAAGGCCUUUGGGGAGGAGAGGGCGUCCGCUGGCGACCAGCUGGGGGCGGACCCUGGCAUGCGGGAGGUGAUGGACUCCUACUGCGACGCGCGGGUUGGCGUGGUGGUGCCGUUGUUGCGCUACUGGCUCACGCUGUGGUAUUACCUCGAUGCGCAGCAGAGCUCGCUGGCCGACGCGAAAAUUGCCGGCAGCGUAGCUGCUGCUGCUGCUGCUGCUGCUGUAGGAGCGAAAUCGCUGGCUGACACUGGCGCCGCUCGACAGCAGCUCUCCGGCGUAGCGGAGGCGCACACGCUUCCACAGUUGGCUGAACACAUCUGUGCACUACUCCAGCGCUCCCUGGUCGCGGAGUUGGAUGUGCUCAGGCGGCUGUGGCUGAAGGAUGAAAUCGUUUCCCAACUAUUCCCGAGGCUUGCGCCUGGCAUUGCCGAGGAGGUGUACUACAUGUUUCGUUCGCGGCUGCUCUGCGUCGACGACGUAGGUGAGCUGUCCCAGACAGUGGAGAGCAUUCAGCGCGUGAGCCUGCUCCAGAACACGGGCGUGCAGGACUCGCAAGUCGUGUCGGAUCUGUGGGUGCGUAUGAUACAGGACACUCAGGAGCGACUCGUCUUCCGCACGAGCGUGUACCUGAGGCAAACGGUGUCCUGCUGCACCCCGACGCGCGAGAUCGCCAGCAUCUACCUCCGCUGUGGCACUGAUGCGUACACCGCCGACCCAGCAGUGUCCACCGGAGACGAUGCGCCGAAACGAAUGUUUUACAUUCCUGGCGUCGUGUAUGCGCUCAGGCUUCUGGAUUGGCUGUACCCGACCCUCGAGUUCUCUGUCUUCUCAGUUUUUGCAGAGGAAGCGGUGCACCACAGCCUCGACCUCGUCCGGCAGCUGAUGAAGCUCAUGCGGCAGAUCGACUCGAGCGACACGCUGCGAGACUCAAAGGCGUUCCUGUGUCAGCUGGCCCACCUGCAGCACCUACAAGUGAAGCUCUCCUAUGUAGAUGCAAACAUCACCGUGGUGGAGAAACACAUCAGUUUAGCGGCACUGCGCAAGCGGCGGCUAGAACUGGAGCAGUCCUCUCGGGAGUCGAAGAAGGAGGUUGAGAUGGACCUGCUCAAGUGCAACGAGUGCCUCACAACAGCCAUGUUCGCGCUGGUGACGCAGCCCGUCUCUGGCGCGGCGAAGAAGGGCGAGGCAGAGCGCAUUCAGCUCGUUUCGGAGAUGAAAGGGCGCGCUGCAGGGAUGGAGCGCAUGAUCGCUUUUUACGUGGAGUACGGAGAGACACAGCAGGACUUGGUGCAUCUCUUGCGUAACCGCGUGGCAGAGCUUGCGGCUGAGAUGAACGUCGAUGUGCAUACGGUUCCGGCAGCACCAGUUAAGGUGGCAUCCUCGGCAACACAUGCAGGAUCCCCCCCUUCGAAGACGAUGACGCCGGAGGCACUGGCGUCUACAACCGGAUCUGCCACGCAAAACUCUCUACAACUCUCCGGGGCAGAGAUGACUGUGGCACCUCUGCCGCCAGCGUCGGCGUCGAGGCCCGCGAGUACGGCCACAGGUGGCAGUGCCAAUCCGUCCCAUGCCUUUCCCCAUCCUUCCACAGUAGAAGCUGCUGCUGAGUCUACCGCGAGCGCACCGGUAGAGCUGACAGACGCUACCAAUCAGGCUUUCGCGUUGCCAUCCCGGGCACCGAGUGCCCCUUCAGGGUUCCCGAGUCCUCCCACGGAGCGCGUGACGUACGCGUCGGCGCUGCCUGUCGCGACAGAUCAGCAGCCGUCGGCGCAGGGAUAUGCGGCAACGGCAGCUCGAGCACGUUCAGGCACCCACAGCGACACGGACCUUAUCUGA